AAGUAAAUCUGGAUGGAUGGAGUAAUAUACAUAUAUUAAAUUUUUAAUAAAACAAAAACAAAAAGAAUAAAAAAUCCUACAAACUAACUAUAUAAACCUCCACAAGUGUGAGCCAGCAUUUAUCAGUUGUUUGUUUGCAAGAUAAUUACAUUUUUUUUCUCUCUUGAGUAAGAAAAGGUGGGGGGAGAUUAGUUAUACUUAUGGCUUUUGUAGUUUCAAUGUUGUUGGCUAUCUUUGCCAUGGCUUUUUUCACUGUUCAAGCUCAAGAAUUUGCUCCUGCUCCUGCCCCUACUAGUGAUGGAAUAUCUGUAGAUCAAGGGAUUGCAUAUGUGUUGAUGCUGGUGGCUUUAGUUCUAACAUAUCUCAUCCAUCCUAUGGAUGCUUCUUCCUACAACUUCUUCUAAAUUUAGUGUCAGUUAUAACCUUUAAAUUAUGUUGCUUUUUUGGGAAAAUGGUUGUAAUCAUUCUUCAUAUGGAUUUAAUUGGUUAAUCCAUUCAUGUUUAAUUUAA